GCUGGUCUGCUAGCUUUGCUUGAUGAAGGUGAACAGGAUUUGAAGGUUUGUUGUCAUUGUACUGCAAUGAUUUACAAGUUUCUUUCAUGUUCAUGUAAUGCAUCAGUCAAUCAGUCAAUUCCAGCUGCGUCCAGCCACGCCAUGUUUAAAAUGGCACUAUUCGACUGUGCAAUCACUGAAAAAUGUUGCAGUGGUGACAAAGGGCGGGGCAUUUGCCCUCUUUUUUUGUCCCCACCCCGGGGGAUUUGAAAGCUCAAGAGUCCCCACCCCCGGGAAUUUGCCAUCCAAGGCCAAAAAAAUGCUUAUGCCCGGGGUCAGCCCUCAGUUGGAAUUGACUGAUCAAUGCAUAACUACAAAAUGUACUACAUGACUGUACUCUGUCGUUCUUUGUCAAAAGGAUCAGUGUUACUUACACACAGUCAUACCACACAUAUACAUUCAUUGUGUAGUUAUAUGAAAUUUGAUGGUUACAUUAAUUUUUUUUAAACAGGUCUUUGCACUUAAAAGUCUUCAUCACAUAGUUGAUGUCUUCUGGGCUGAAAUCUCAGAAUCAGUGGGCAAAAUGUAAGUUACAUUAAGAGUGAUUUUGCAGAAAAGGGUUUUAAUAAGAAAUGGGGAACUUGAAAUUGUUUAUCACGCUGACAUAAAGGUUAUUGGGUAUAAAUUUGAGUGCUUAUUAUCACACAAAUCUCAUUGCUGAAGUAACCCCAUCUUAGCCUUUUUUUUGUAUGAAAAAACUGGACUGGUUUCGGACACCAACAUGGCCGCUUUUUAAUUGUUUUGGGCCACCAACAUGCUGGAUGUGACAGCAAGUGAAAAAGUUGCAUCCCAUUAUAUUUAUAUAUUUUUUUAUUUUUCUUGAUGUUCAGUGAAGUGCUCUAUGAAGAUGAAGCCUUCAAGCAAAGACAGCUUUCAGCUCUGUUGGCAUCAAAGGUUUGUGAUAGUAUACAAAUAUGUAUUAUUGAAAGUAUUCCAAUGUUCAUGCAGAGCUGCAAACAAUUUUUUUCUCUUGAAAGGAAAUAUUUCCUACUAAGACACCAUCUUGGUCGAAAAACAAAAUUUUGGUCUGACAUUACUGAAAAAAGGUUAUUUUUAUAUCAGGUAAAAGAGAGGUCAUUGUAUGCUAAAUAAAUGUAAAAGAAAACUUCAUUACCCAAGUCAAUGUUGUUUCAUAACUUUGAGAUUGUCUCAACACAAAGUAAGAUUUACUCACUUGAGGUAGGUUUUUAUUCUUCCUUACCAUAAAAUGAUUUACGGUAAAAAAAUUAUCCGGACAUGAUGUCUGAACACAGGUGGGAUUUCGUCAGACAUUAGCAAAUUGUAGUUGGCAAAUGUCUGAUGACCGACUUUAUUUGCAGCUUUGUCAUGUGUUUGUAUUAUUUUUGUAAUGGCAAGCUGCACUUUUCAUGGGUGUAUGCUGAGUAAUCAAACCUGUCCUUAUACAUGCAUACACUGUAGCUACAAUAAUCCUAUACAUUAGAGUAAUGAGUGAUGCCGAUUUGUUUUCUUCAAAGGUUUAUUACCAUCUUGGAGCUUAUGAAGAUUCAUUAACGUAUGCACUUGGAGCAGGAGACCUUUUUGAUGUGAAUGGACACUCAGAAUAUGUUGAAACUAUUAUAGGUAACUACAAGCUAAAACUUUAUAAAAAAUUAAUGCACGAGAUUUUCAAGUAGAAUCAGACUAGUUUACGAUAAUAAUCUUAUUCUUUGUUAUACGUGUAACAAAGUGAAAGGAACGUGAAAACUGUUUUGUUUUUGGCUCAGUUUCUCUGCUUGAAAGAAUUAACCUCAAAAUAAUUAUUUUGCUCAUUUUUUUGAUAUUGUAUCAUUUUUGUAUUUUCACAGCCAAGUGCAUUGAUUCUUACACUGAACAAAGAGUCCUUAAAGUAGAGAAACCAGAUGGGAAUAUCACCAUUGAUCCUCGGCUUGAAGCCAUUGUGGAUAGGAUGUUUAAGAGAUGCUUUGAUGAUGGCAAAUACAAACAGGUCAUUGAUUUUAUUUUGAUUGAAUAGAACCAUUAAUUUUUCGUAAUCGCUGUAACCACCAAUGAAAUACCAGGUGAGUGUCACAGGAAAACAUACAUGUAAUAUUUUCACUUGUGAAAAUAACAGUCAUGUCAUCUUCGAACAUGAAAAAAUAAUCACUGUGGCUAUGCCUACAUAAUAAAUCAUGUCUUUCAUAUAAAAAAAUAUUCAACUCAAAUGGUUUGGUAUUUCAUCUAGUCUAUUUGUUUCCUAUGAAAGUACACUGAAUCUAAGGAUCAAGCUUUAAUAUAAUUUCUGUGGGGGAGGUGGGGGGGGGGGGGGGGGGGUUUCCGGUGCCUGGGCCCUCCGGGUUAGGGGACACCCCCGCUGCUUGGAGAAACAAUUAACUUUUUCUCUCAUGUCCAUUUUUUUACAACCCUUCAUAAGAAAUUUUUUUUCAGUUUUUUUCUCUCCAAAAAAAUAAUCACACACAAAAAAAAAAAAAAAAAAAAAUACCCUGGUGUUAAACCAUAUAAAAAAUCUUUUUUAUAAAAAAAAAAAAAAUCACUUAUUGGUUUUUUUGUUUUUUUUCUUUUUUAUUUUUUUUAUAAAAAAAAAAACAGGAAAAGAGUGUAAAGUUUUUUUGUUUGUGGGGGGGGGGGGGGGGGGGGGGGGGGGGGGAUUCCUGGUCCUUGGCCCUGCAGUGUAAGUGACACCCCAGCUGCUUGGAGAUACAAUUAACUUCUUCUCUCAUGUCCAAUAUCUUACAACACUUAAUGAGAAAUUUCUUAUCAGUUUUAUUCUCUGCAUGGUCCCACAGGGUACAUCUUAUAGAGCAUUGACUGCAGUUCCUCUGAAAAUAAGUGUACAUAUAGCAGGAGAUGCUAAAAUUUUUAAAACAUGUUAUUUUAUUCUAGGCUGUUGGAAUCGCAUUGGAAACCAGAAGAUUAGAUGUAUUUGAACAAGCAAUUUUAAAAUCGGUAGGUACACGUGCAGUUUACAUGUAUAUUUUUACCAAAGGCACAGUGUAAGGGAGUGCAUGGAAGACCAGUGCAAACCCUCUUGCUCCAACUCUGUGCUUUGUAAAUAAGUUUCACUUGAUAGAAAAUCAAAACAUGCGUGAUCAGAUGGCAUUUUGUUCAUUCCAUUCAUUCUUAGUGGUAGUCCUGUGAAACAAAUAUGGGUUACAUACAUGCUGUGCAUACAUAAAUGAUAAUAGCAACCUGUAAAUUAGGAUUGCAGGUCCCUAUUAUUCAUGAAUGAGGGCUAGGAGACGAAGGAAAUUCAGAAGUCAAACUAGAAUUCAAUUUUGACCCGCAACAAUAUAUGUAAUUAUUUUAUGUCCAUGUCACAGGUCAAAAUUCAGAUCAGGUUAAAAUGUUUCAACCUAGGGUGAUUCUCUAUUUCCUCUGUCUCCUAGCCCUAAUUAGUCAUGGAUUAGGGCUCGCAGACAGAGAAACUGAGAGUCAUCCAAGGUUAAAACAAGUGAACCUGAAUAUAAUUUUGAUCUGAUCUGUAACAAGUCUUCUGGGCGAAAAUCUCCCAAUCCUAAUGCAAAAUUACAAGGCCACUUUUAUAUAAUAUACAUUAUAGAAUGAUUAUUAUAUUAGACAGUACUUUUUCAUGUGUGUAGAUAAUAAUGGUGAUUAAUGAACAAUAAUAUUGUUUUGCUAGGAUGAUGUGCCUGGAAUGUUGUCCUAUAGUCUUAAUGUGUGCAUGUCACUUCUCCAGAGUAGGCAGUUUAGAAAUAAGGUAAAAUGUUUUAAUCUACUGUAUGUUGUAGUUAAUUUUUUGCCUCAGGUAUAAAUUUUUCUUUUUCUUUUGUUUUUGGCUAUGGUAAUGUAUGCUAAUAAAGUUGAAACAAAAGAAAAAGAAAAAUUACCUGAGAUAUAAAAUUAACUACAACAUUUACACUUCUGAUUAAUAGGCUUGGUUUCCUUUCUACUUUUGUGGUCUUUUGUGCUCCUAACCACAGACAAAUUUUACAUUUAUAAAAUGGGAUAAAAUCUGGGAUUGGGCCUUGAAUGGUAGGAGGCCAAAUACAUAUAGAAGUGCUUGAAAAAAAGGGUAACUGUUUAUAGUGUGAUGUGGACAUUGAAUGUUCAUGUUACAUGUAGAUAUCAGAUGAUUUAAUUUUUUGAUUGUGACUGCAGUAGAUAAACAAAGGUACAGUGCCUUAGACAGUUGUUACUGCAUGGUCAACUGAUAAUUCACAUAUACAGUGUACAUAACAUGAAAGUGGAUUGAUUAUGAUCAGCUUGAUGAAGAGUCACUAGCUUUGGAAAAAAAUAUUUUUGGCAGUUGACCAGGUGAAAUAAAUAAAAUUAAUUUUAUAUUUGGAUACUAUUGAUGAAGCACAGAUUAGCGGGUAAUUGUAAAAGCCUGCUAAACUGGCUGCAUCAAGAAUGAUAUUAAUCAAAACACUCAGUACAACUGGUGAUGUUUUGAAACAGAAUGAUUUUCAAUCUGUUACCAGAUAAACAAGUCUUGUCAUGCCUACCUUCAUCUCACCUUGCUUGUACAGCCCAAUUCUGUCUCUGUCUUCACUAAGAAGUACUAUUUCCAAGUUUUUCUAGAAUGAUCAAGGAUGCUUUUUUUGCAGUUGCACAUAAUGCAAUGAUAAAUUGAAAUUACCACUACAAGUCGAGAAUUAGACACUUUGCUGCCUUAGAUUACCGAAUAUGUGUUGUACUUUGCAACAAUGGUAAAAAUUAAUACUUAGAUUUUAAUAUUGUAUAAUAUAAUAAUAUGAAUCAAAUGAGAUUUAGUGACUGUAUAGUUAUCAGUACACUGUACUUUAUAUUAAUGGUACAUACAUGUGCAUUUUUGAAUCUCACAGGUUCUUAGAGUCUUAGUACAACUAUACCUGAACUUGGCAACACCAGACUUGAUUAGUGUUUGCCAUGUGAGUAUAUACAAACUUCUUUAUUGAUUGAGUAUUCUUUGUACAUGUUCAUACUGUAUUGAAUGGACUUUAUCAGACGUAUUAUUUAUGAUUAUUAGUUUUGUUGUUUUUAGUGCUUCAUUUUUCUUGAUGAUGCUCAAGGUGUGGCUGAUAUUCUUGAAAAACUGAUAAAAGACAACGAGGCAAGUGUAAUGAAGUGUUAUUAUCUAGGAGACAAAAAUAUGAGAAUCAACCUAAAUUAAAAAAUUAUUGGAUAUGCUUACAGCCCUGUACCUAUUUAUUUUUAACUUUUACAUUCACAGAAGGACCAGACAUUAAUGGCCUAUCAGAUUGCUUUUGAUCUAUAUGAAGGAGCAACUCAGCAGUUUCUCUCAUCAGUAAUUUCUGUAUUAAAAGCAACAGUGCCUUUUGUGUCUGGCAAUGAGACAGCAAGCUCUGAUGGCUCUGCAGAGGCUAAAGCAGACAAGAAUGGAGCUGCAGAUAAGUCAGGGUUAGUGACAAGGAAGGGGUUACAGUGUAAUUAAGAAACAAUUUUUUGUCAAAAUUAUUUAUAAUGUAACCUGUUACCAAGACAUUUUGCACCCUAUGAGAAGGACAAAGAAGAUUCAGAGUUCAAGUCACUUAUCAUUUGGAUGUUUUUGUUUAAGCAAACAUUGAUUUUCAGUUGGGAUUUGUAUAAAACACAUACAAUUGGGAUUGAUGGUCAUUUUUACAAUAAUUAUUAUUUUAUUUUAUAAUUGAUGCUUAAUGUACAUGUAAUUAUCAUAUUAUGGCUUUGUCAGAAAACAUGAUUGUGUGACGUGACCUGUUGCCCACCUCCACUCCAAAGGAUCCUCUUUGUCCUUCAUUUUUAUCAUAUAUAAUUUGUGUUAACUAGGGAUGCAGCAAUGGAGACCGAUGAAGGAGAAAAAGAAGUUCCAGCAAAGAAACCCAAGACAGAACCUGUCCUGGUGAGGCCAUCAUGAGAUUUUAGUACAUUAACUGUAAAAUCAUACUGUUACCUAAGAAACUAGAAUUUUUUUGUUACGGCUGUUGGUAAUUACUAGUUAAAGAAUCAGUGUUGGGGUACAGCUGUAAUGGUACUGUUAGAAAGGGCUUUCACAGGUGUGUGUAGCUUUGAUGUUGGGAUGGUUAAUCUGUUCUGUAAAUUUUCCAUGUGAAAUUAUGAUAAUAAUAACCAACAAUCUUCAUUAUCAUGAUCAUCUUUCACUGUAAUCAUCAUCAUCAUCAUCAUCAUCAUUAUCUGCAAUAAAAGCAGCAGCAGCAGACAGCAACAACUGUGUACACCAUCACCACCAUUGUUAUCAUGGUCAUUAGCAUUGACAUGCUGGUCGUCAUCUUCAGAAGCAGCAGCAGCAACAGUAGCAUUAACAGCAGCAAUGGUCUGCCAGAUGAUGAUAAUCAUCAUCGUCAUCAUCAUUCUUCUUUAUUGGUAUCAUUCUCACCAUCAACAACAUCAUGAACACUACCUGUGUUUUCUGUUCUUGUGUAUUUUAAUCAAUUUAUUCUCAUUGUAACUAAAUUUUAAUUAUUUCAGAGUGAAAGCGAUAAGAAGCUUGUAGAUAAAGUGAAUAAGCUCAUGGCCAUCCUAGGUGGUGAGACUACAAUUGCCCUUCACCUUGAGUUUCUCAUCAGAAAUAACCAUGCUGAUCUUCUUAUACUAAAAAACACCAAGGUAGAUUUAAGAAUUGUGUUACAUGCAUGUACUUGUCUAACCUGUAUAGUCUUUGAUGUUGUUAAGGUGACUCGACCCAGUUUUUUUGGGGGGGUACCAUCCUACUUUGAAGCUCUCUGGUAUCCCCACCUUUACUUUUAUCGUAAGUCUAACACAUAGAAUGGAUAACAUAUAGAUCAAUCUACAAACCAAAAUCGCAAAGACCCAAUUCGAGAAAUUCAGCGGUUUCCAAAUUUAGGUCAUAAUUUAUGCGAAAAUGAUUAGCAAACUUUACACGGAUUAUAUCUAAUAAACUAUGAGAUUCAUCUCUGUAUUUUGGGCAUCCUUAUAACAGAUGGGUCGUGCAAUGACCGCGCUUGGCUGACUUCGGUACCCCCUAAAAAAACUGGGUCGAGUCACCUUAAUUAAUGUGAACAUCAUAGGAGGGUGAAUUUAAAGGCAGCACUCUUUUAUUGCAACAUGUACUUAUUUACUAGUACAUGUAUUUGAGUAUAGGACGUUUCUUUUAUAAAUCAUAAUACCCAUGAAAAGAUAAAAAUAAAACAUCUUCAUUGUGUAUUAACAACAGGCAAUAAUUAUAACAAUACCUGUAAAAUAAUACAUGUCUAGACAAAUAUUUAUUUACAAUAAUCUUAUGUUCAAAAAGAUAAAAGAAUUACUGAAAGUAUAAUUAUAUCGUGAUGGAAAACCCUUGAUUACUUUAUACAUGAAUUAUUAGUUAGCUGUUAUUGUUAUUUGUAUUUUAAAUGACCUUUAUUGUAAAAAGACGGAUACCUUCUUUAGAAGAGUAAGGCACAAUAAAGAUACCGUUAGUGUGCAUGUGACUAAAUAACCCUUCAAGGCUGUGCUGUACAAAACAUUGAAGGGGGCCCAGGGCUCUGAACCUGUAAAAUGCAGGGUUCCCAGCAUUGGAUUUCUAUGAAAAAUCUAAGAUUUUGUAGUUGCCCAGAAGCAAAAGUCAGGGGCUAGGGGUCACCAGGCUCUGCUAGAGCCCAAUAUACUGUAAUAUCUGCGUGUACAUGUAUACUUCCCAGACUGCUUUCUUUAUAUUUCCUAUGGUACUGAGAAUUUGAUUAACAAGGAAGACCUUCCCUCAGCCUUUUUAUUUAACUAAGUUGAUUGUUUUUGUCUCUGUGCAGGAUGUGUCAAGAAGUUCUGUUUGCCACUCGGCGACUGUCAUAUCUAACUCCUACAUGCACUGUGGAACAACAAGUGACACUUUCCUUCGGUAUGCUUCUUGCUGUUUUUUAAAAAAAAUAUCUCCUGGGCUACAUUUACAGUAAAGUAGAUGUAAAGUUUUUAAUGUGAACAGGGUUUUGAGCUUCACCUCUUUUAUGUGUUCUGGAAUUGCUGUGGGUAAAUUACAUGUAAUUUUCUCUGUUGUGAUAGAUCAGUUUAUUGUUCCAACACAGUCCAUUAAAUCAUGAUUAGUAAAUUAUGAAAUAACUAAGAGGCAGGGAAAUAAAUUUUCUUAAUUUGAAGGUAAAAAGGCCUCCUUUAGAGCAGCUUUUCUGAUUGAAAAUUAAUUCUCUAGUCAUGAAUGAAUAUUUAAUGAAUGAAGGGAGAGAAAUAUUUUUAUUGUAUUCUAAUUAUUCUAAUUUAUUUUUUUUGUAUUUCCAUUACAUGUAUUUACCAUAUGAACAUGUAAAAUGUUGGUUGUUGUUCUUUUUGAUCAACAGAAAUAACUUAGAGUGGCUUGGAAGAGCAACCAACUGGGCAAAAUUCACAGCUACAGCAAGCCUAGGUGUCAUUCACAAGGUUGGUGUAACUUGUGUAGGGUGUGAAAAAAGGGUUGAGUUAUGGGGCCAAGAAUACAUUGGUUUAUAUCAGGUCAUUGCAAUCUUAUUGCUGAUUUCUUAGUUCAAUAGGCCAUUUCUGAGUUCCAAAAACUCUCACUUUCGAGACCAGGCUAAGUCCAAAACCUUUCUUGUGAAAAUGAGUUUUAUUUUAUUUGAGAAUAAAAGAUCAUUUUUAUAUUAAUGGCCUCGCACUUAAUAGCCUCACUAUGACACAGAAGCUUGGGGUACUCAGAAAAUAAUGGCCUAUGGGUUGGUUACCAGAUGUUAUAUUGGAUUCCUGGCUGGACCAACACACUUUUUCUUCAAACAACUGCAGAGGGUGUGCUGCCCAAGUUGUUUCAAAUACAAAAUGGUUAGACAUUCAAGUCUUGGACAGAAAAUGCUUGGGCCUGGCCAUCUCACCGCAUCUUUCUGAUCUGACUCUAUUGUUGGACCUAAGAGAAUCACUAAGGAGGGAACAAUCUCUGGCAGUUACUACCCAUAGGUUCUAUCUGUCAUGGGUUGUAGGAAUUGGAGGGGAAGGGAGGGUACCUUGCAUGGGACCUAUGAGUCAUAUUUGUGCCCUUCCCCACUGGGUACAGUGUGCUCAGUAUAGCUGACACAGUCAAAUAGCUUUUUGAUUUAUACCCUUACUAAUGCUCUCUGUGAUUUGUCUUUUCAAAGGGUCAUGAACAAGAUGCUUUGAAGCUAAUGUCCACCUAUCUGCCUAAAGAUGGCAGUAGUGGUAGCGCUUAUCAGGAAGGAGGAGGGCUUUUUGCUCUAGGUAAAACUCUUGUCAACUAUAUGGAUUGAACUUCAAGCAUCAUAGUUAACUUCAGACAAGGACAUCCCUCACUCCAUCCCAUUGCUGUGCACUGAAAAAUUUGUAAGAAAUGCUGUUAAGGCAGUAAAUUUGAGUAUUUUUCUCAGUCAGUCUGUAAAGAAACUAAAGUUGUGUCAGAUAUCCGGUGCCCGUUAAUGAUGACUUUUGUGGUCAGGGAAGUGGACUUUUUGUAUUAUACUGUCAGGGAAUCUUUAGUUUUGGGGGUAUAAAAUAACAAGACAAUCAUUAUAUUCAUGCAUCACACAUUUUAACAAGUUCUGUGUGAUGUUUGUUUCGUUCUCUUUGCUUGUUGCAGGUUUAAUUCAUGCUAACCAUGGAGGAAAAAUAAUUGAGUACCUUUUACAACAGCUGAAAAAUGCAACUUCAGAUGUAAGUUUUACCUCAGCUUGAAUAUUCCAAGUAACCUACUAUAAGUACGGAAAUAGUAAACAUACAUGUAACCUCUAUGAAAACAUCAGUUUCCCUGUCUUUUCAUAAAAGUCAAUACAAGAAAUAAAAAUUGUCAUUAUUUUGAACAUACUGACAAAGAAAGCCCACCCUCAGUAUAACUUUAUAAGUUAUACUGAGUAGCACUAAGUAGUAUGAUUUUAAGUAGUAUGAUCUCUGAUUCAUUCAUAACGUUCCCUUUAAUGUAAAGGUUAGAUCCUCUUUUUUUGAUGGAAAUCCCCAUGCCACUGAUUGCAUAUUGCAAAUUUUAGAGACUUACUUGAAAUCCCGUGGUGUAUUAAGGGCUCUCUAGAGACGUUUCUGUCAUCAAUACUUAUAUUUUUUUUGUUGUUGCCUUGAAAUUUGAAAAAAAAAAAAGAAAUGUUAUCUUGAAUAAAAACAAUGUGAUGUAACUAAAAAUAUAAUUGCAGUGCAAAUUAAGUUGUGUUGUAUCAAUUUUUGUAGUUUUUGUUGAUCAAAUUCCACAGAAUCCUCUUGUUGCUGUUUGUUUCCAUUGCACAGCUAAACACAAUGCUCUUGAAUGAUAUUGAAAUUUGUAUUAUUUCAUUAUCAUUUUUUAGAUGGUCCGUCAUGGAGGAUGUUUAGGUCUUGGAUUAGCAGCAAUGGGCUCUGCAAGACAAGGUAGGAAUUUUGAGAGCAAAUUUACUUCAGUAGAAGCUCUCAUAUGUGGACAUCCUUGGGAUGGGGAAGAGGUGUCUUUACUGGACCUGGACACUUACUAGAAUUGUUCUCGUAUUGUGGCCACUAGAGGUGUAAGGCUUAGAUGGCCACUUGAGUUCACAGGCCCAGCUACAAAUAAACAUAAUUUGGAAAUGCAAAAAAAACUGUUUGUUAGUGUUUGGCUAUACUGUUCAGUUCUGCCGACAUUGUAAUUUAGUCACAGGCAAAAUUCAAAUGUGUAUGUGAAGAAAACAAAAAAAAAAAACAAACACUGAAACUUCUAUAAAAUUUAUUGUGUCCAAACAACAGAUUAGAGUUGAUUUAAUAAACGCCAUUAAAAUACAAUAUUCAGAAGAGAAUGAGAUUUCAUUUUUGUUGUCCACUAAUGGGAUCUUAAAAACAAAUCCAAAAUCUAUCUCAUAAACCCUGAAAGUGUCUGCGGCCAUUUACGGGAAUGUUCACUUAUGGACAUGUAAAAAUACAGAGUUUGUUUUUGAGUUAAAAGGGGUUUUUGUAAAGAUGGGCUGCCGUAAGUGGAGUUGUCUAUUUAAGAGAGCGUCCGUUAAGAGGGCUUCCACCGUAGUAACUUGUCUUGAAAAUCACUACAUCACUAGAUCCAGCUAACCAAAGGAUCCAAAAAAGAUAAUUCACAAUGUCUUAUUUCAGUUAAGAAAUAAUUUGGGCGAUGAAUUAUAGUUGCUCUUUCAGUCAACAGUUCAGCUGUAAGAUAAUAUCUUAGAACCUCCUGAGAAGACACAUGGCAGUAGUGAUGAUGGAAGGGACCUAUAUAGGACACUCAUUAGCCAACAAUAUUUCUCAGGGAAUAAACUCUGCUAACAUCUACAUGCAUAAUAAUUGUACUCCGAUGCCAAUACAUUCAGGAAAUCUUCAGAACUAACAAACAUUAAUUUUAUUCUAUAUUAGUCUAAAUUGUUUUCAGUAAAAAAAAGCUUCUCUCGUGCCUUAAAUCCCCUUCUGAACGCCUGCUACAUUUGUGAAGCUUCUAAUGCUCAUCUCUCUUUUAUUUAUUGCUGUAAUGUUUUUUCUUUGGGUUUUAGAUGUCUAUGAGCAGCUGAAGACACAACUUUGGGAAGAUGAUGCUGUCACAGGUUUGUGUCAACGACUUUAAUAAGUAUUCCUCAAAACCACACUUAGCUCAUUGAAGCAAGUUCAUUUAGGUGACGUCAUGUGCAUAAAAUAUCUUGGUGAAAUGUAUUAUCUCCCUGUUUCAUUGAGCAAUUGUUGGACAUAAAUUACAUGUAAGGAAGGGCUGUUUAAAUUCUGGCUUAUCAAUGUUUUGUCUGUAACAGUGACAAGUUCCAGCGUACAUAUAGGAGUUGUUGUUGUUGUCGUUUUUCUAAUGCAAAAGUUUUUCUCUCUACUAUUUGUCUUAAGGGAAAGAACUACAAGCUAAGAUAAAAUAACUAUACAUGCCUAGAGUUAAGCUUCUAUUCAAAAGCCAAAAAUGAUUAGUCAUCCAUGCCAUCUGUUUAGCUUCUUUGAUUCUUGCUUGUGAAACUUUUUCCGUGUUGUUCAUCAUUUUUACCCUCCCUUCCCUCUCAUCUUUUGCAGGUGAAGCUUGUGGUCUUGCCAUGGGUUUGGUUAUGUUAGGAUCAAAGUCUGCUACUGCUAUAGAGGAGAUGGUCGGGGUAAGUUUUGUUACGUUUUCACCCCAGUAACACAGUACUACUGAAAAGGAUUCGUAUGAAUAUUAGUCGCACCAUAGGGUAUCACCCUACAUUUUCACUAUCGGUUUUUUUUUUGUUGUGAUAAAUGAAUUGUCUGAAUUACAUUGUGUUAGAGAUGAUCCAUUAAACGAUGCAGAAAAAGUACAAGUUUUCAACACGAAGAACAUUUUAAUCAGUUAAUUUUAUCUUACUGCAGUACAUGCAGUUAUAGCAGUAUAUCAGUUUAAAUGACAAUUCAGGUGUAAAUGAUUCUUUUUGCACCUUUCUGUUUAUACAUUCAGUAUGCACAAGAAACACAACACGAGAAAAUCCUACGUGGUCUCUCAUUAGGAAUUGCAUUGGUAAGUUGCACGCGAUGUUUUAUGUACAUUUUAGACGCACAGUGUAUAUUAACUACAGGCUUAUUCAAAGACUGUUAGGGACCUACACACAGUGUAUAGACCGCGAGCGGUCGUCCUUCUUUCUACUUUGACUCAAAAGAAAAUUAGUUUCAUUUUUCCUUGUUUCAAAAUCAUUAUCAUACAUCGCCAUGUGAAAUCCUCUUUAUAGUAAGCAUUUGGUAAUGUUUUGUUCAAUCGGGAUAACUCCAGGUACGAAAUAAAGAAUAAGUCACUCCUUUGGUUAUAUGGCGAAUUAAUGUGUAUUUCUCAUUUUAGAUUUUGUCGGCGUAGGAAUUCUUCCGAACUUGUAAGGCUUUCCAACAAGACGUAUGCCCCAGCCUUUGGUAGUGUUAAUCGUAGCUUGCAUAGCUGGCGGUUUUUAGAGUAGCAGAACGCAAGCAAGUAGCGAAGCCUCCUGGAGUAUGGAGCUCAUUUACUGGCUUGCUAAGCUACGCAGGCUCUGCUAAUCUUUACUAGCUGCCUCGGCCCAAUGUAUUUUAAUAGCAGGUGUAGGAUUGAUUGAUUGAUGGUGGAGGGAUUGAAUUGGAGAGCAAGGGAUGGCUGUUUGGGGCGCAAGGGAUGGCGCAGUGGUGAGAGCGCUCGCCUCCCACUAAUGUGGCCCGAUUUCAAAUCCUGGCGUCAACGCCAUAUGUGGGUUGAGUUUGUUGUUGGUUCUCUCCUUUGCUCCGAGAAGUUUUUCUCCGAGUACUCCGGUUUUCCCCUGUCCUCAAAAGCCAGCAUUUCCAAAGUCCAAUUCGACCAGGAAUCAGGUAGACGAAGAACCACUUUGUGGAUGAGCUACCUCCAAAUCAUCAAUUAAUUUUUAUUUAUUUUAUUUAAUUUUUCAUGUCUUUAUUCUCUAGGUGAUGUAUGCUCGCAUGGAAGAAGCCGAUGCACUGAUUGAAAGUCUGAUGCAGGAUAAAGAUCCUAAUCUGCGUCAAAGUGGCAUGUAUACCGUGGCUAUGGCCUACUGUGGGACUGGUAACAACAAGGCUAUCAAGAGAUUACUACAUGUAGCUGUAAGUUAUGAUAGUAACGUACACUAGCUUAUCACACCAUACCGUCAAACUACUGUCAUGCAAUCUUUUUCAUGCUGCUUAACAAUAGUGUCUUGUAAUAAGACUUCUCAUGAAAUUCGGCCACAAUAUUUUCGUGCAGUUUUUAAACUGGUGUCAUUCCUAUUGUUGAGACUCCAAGAUCUGAAAUAAGUGACCUUUUAAUAGAUUGUACUUAUUAUGGACAGUACAAUAACAAAUAAGACUUCACAUCAAGGAAUACAACUGUAAGGGAUGAGAUUGGUAUGAAAACUAAUUUUCUAUAAAAACACGCGCUUGUAUGGUACGUUGCAGUAAUGGUGUUUAUUUUGGGUAGUAACGUGUAAAGAACACCUGAAGUUACGCCCGCCCCUUAUUUGCGUGUCACGAGAGCGAGGAAUCUGUUUCUUUUGUUACCAUCACUGUUCGGAAGUUGGAUAACUGUUUGUUUCUUUAAUCCAAAUUUUAGGUGAGUGAUGUCAGUGAUGACGUAAGAAGAGCAGCAGUAACGUCACUGGGCUUCCUUCUAUUUAGGUAUGUCAAUUAUGCUUGUAUGAAGGUAAACAGGCCAACAGGUCCGUUCUCAAAUUCUUCUUCUUUGUUUGAUGGGUAUGUCCUGUCCGUUUAAAACCCCAGUAGAACUUAAGCCCUAUCCCUGCCAGAGUGAAUGAUGGAGUAGGGUGGUUCAAACUUUUGAGUCCGUGGAUGAAACCCUGCGGUGUGACCAUUUAAAUGAAACUUCUUCAGCAGUACUUUCACAUGGUACUAUUUAUUUUGUUUGUAGUUCUAACUUUUGAGUCUGUGGAUGAAAUCCUGUAGUGUGACCAUUUAAAUGAAACCUCUUCAGCAGUACUUUCACAUGGUACUAUUUAUUUAGUAUGUAGUUCUAAAUUUUGAGUCUGUGGAUGAAAUCCUAUGGUUUGACCAUUUAAAUGAAACCUUUUCAGCAGUACUUUCAGAGGGUACUACUUGUUUUUCAGCAUUUUGCGAAAUGACGUUGGGAUUAUGACUUUGGCCACCCUUAGGAGUGAAAGGGUUAAGGAAGUGGCCAUUUUUAAGUGCUUAACUUAGUCCAAACACAGCCUAUAGAAGCCUAUGUUGUAAAACACUUAAAUAUCUUUUUUUCUUGUUUUAGAACUCCAGAGCAAUGCCCAAGUGUCGUGUCGCUGUUAUCAGAGAGUUAUAACCCUCACGUGCGAUACGGAGCUGCCAUGGCUCUAGGUAUUGCCUGCGCAGGCACUGGACUCAAGGUAAGACAUGACAAGACCUUGAAAAUUCCACAGAAAACAAUUCUUUGCAAUAAAAUUUUCUCGCUGUGAUAAAUCCAUGUGAUGACUUUCUUAUUGUUCGUUGUUGGUAGGGUUCGUUAGUUUUUAAAAUAGUAGGCAAAUGUACUUUUUAGUGACGUUUUAAUCCUUUGCGUCGCCGUCGUGGCUGCUUAGCUCCCUCCUUUUGAGAAUAUUGUUCUUCAUUAAUGAGGAUGUGAGGAUGUUGUUUUCUUGCUGUAAUGUUUUACAUUCUUACUGUACCUGAGUACCAGUAACAACGUAGGAGAACAGUUAAAUUCUCUAUUUCUAUUUUUAUAUUACAAGAUAUAGGUGGUAUCCACUCACAUUAUUUGUGGCUAUGCAAAUUUCUUUAAAAAAGAGAAAAAAGAGGUCGAUCCCCACAUGAUUUAUUUGGUUCACCAACAUGGCCGCCGUUUCAUUGUUUGGUACACUAGUAUGGCCGCUGUUACGUCGUGCGAAAACGAGACAUUGUCAAAAAUGUCAAAAUUUCGACUUGUCGGAUAAAAAGAUUUGUCCCUCCCCCACCCCUUCUUCAGUUGAUUUUUAUAAGAACCCACACAUUUAUGUGACGAGAAUGACCCAGUCAACAGUUUAUGUAAGAAAUAUUGAUUUUGUUUAUUUUUAGGAAGCGAUCGGUCUUCUGGAGCCUAUGACCAAUGAUCCUGUAAACUACGUUCGACAGGUAAAACAAAACUUGGCACAUGCUCGACUCCCUCAGAAUAGAAAUUCUGACUUUCACAUUAAAAGGGAUUUUUUUCUUUAUCUUCUUCCCAUUCACUUUUCCUUUCAUUUUUCUUUUAGGGUGCUUUAAUCGCCAGUUCUUUGGUUCUCAUUCAACAAACGGAGCUCUCGUGUCCCAAGGUAGCCAAGUUCCGUGAGAUUUUCGCCAAAGUGAUCUCAGACAAACAUGAAGAUGUUAUCGCCAAGUUUGGUGCAACACUGGCUCAAGGCAUUCUGGAUGCUGGUAAGUUCUUGCAGGAUCAAAACAGAGGGCAAAGUAUGGUUAUCAGUACAAUCGAUCCUAAGUCUGUAAAUACAGCCGUCUCUCUAGCGGAGAGGAGAAAGGAGAGGCGGCUAAAUUCGCAGGCUAUUGUUUCUAAGCAUACAAAUCAAUUUUCAAUGAGCGUUUUAGCUGCUUGCGGGAAUAUUUUCCCACUGCGGAUGUGCGCAUUAUAUAGAUGUUCCUCAUUAUAGGAGUGUCUGCCACAGAGGGGUGUCUGUCUUACUAAGGCGUUUACCUUACAGGGACUGGGGUAUUUCCCGAAAUGAAGAUCCGCAUGAAAGAGAUGUUCUUUGCCUUAAGCUGUUGUUUCCCUUCCCCCUUGUCGGCCCUUUUUUAUUGACGAAAAACCUCUAACAAUUAUUUUAGUGAUAUACAUGUAACUGUGCAUUUAGUUUGCAUCCUACUGGUCUUCCGAAGUAGUCAAUAUUGUAUCCUCGAAACAAAUUGCAUACCCCUCGCUACCGUUCCGUCACGAGUACUCGACUGAUGCGUAUGCUGUUACCAAUUUUACCCACACUUCUGAUGUGAUCCAGAUUAUUUUUCGAUUUUUUUUCUUUCGUUUUGUGCGUGAGUGUUAUUCAUCUCCUUACCUAACUGACUUCGUCGUUUCAUUUUGUCGUGAUAGGUGGACGGAACGUGACAAUUUCGUUGCAGUCACGCGCGGGCCACACGCACAUGGCUACAGUGGUGGGCCUAUUUGUGUUCACCCACGUUUGGUUUUGGUUUCCACUGUCUCACUUCAUAUCAUUAGCGUUUACACCUGCCUGCAUUAUCGGGCUUAAUUCAGACUUAAAGGUAGGUAGCAGUUAAGACGACUUUUUGUUGGGGAGUAUUACGAGACGAUUAGAAGUUAAUGUACUGAUAUUAAGGCUCUAUGGCGGGUCCCAAAUUAAGUGUUUGAUUCCCUCGUGAGGGGGUUACAAACAUUUUAUUGUUCAUAAGGUAGCUCAAACAAAGAUCAAAGUGCAGUCACGUCAAUCCUACAUUGUAUUUUCCGUAAAGCAAUGAAUACAGUCCUGCAGGGAGCACUGCUAAAAUGCUUUCAUCUGUGUAGUUGUGAAACGGGGCACGAGAUAAGCUAUGCGCGUGAGAGAGGGGAACACGCGUGUUCUCUUCCCUCGCGCGUGUGCUGUUCUUUUCGUCUCAUAUUUUCCAUUCGCCUGCUAUGCAGUCUACAGUUGGAUUUCAGCCAUCGACAAAAACACUUUCCACCUCCGUGUACUGCCAACAUUUCCGAUUUGAAUGGUCGCACUUUUUUCCCUUGCUCAUCGUCGAUUUUUUACUUAUCUUACUCCCAUUGGUUACAAGGUGAUGCACAACGCUGACGUCUUACAGUAAUUUUUUGUUACCUUCUUUCAGAUGCCCAAAAUGCAGUUCCGGUCAAAUGCCAAACCAUCUCUGUACGCUUAUCCCGAACCACUCAAACCCCCCAAGAAAGAGGAGAAAGAAAAGGUAUGAGGGUUUCUGUUAGGUAAAGUAGAGAAAAAUAAAUUUAUAAGUAAGUAAAUGAGAACAUUGAUAAAUACUAAAUUAAUCAAUAGAUAGCCUGUCCACAGAUUUUUCGUCUUCUGUUUUUUCCUCCGAGUAAUUUAGCGAGUGACUGAUUUGACGCCCGCGAACGAAACAAUCGUGCGAUAGCCAUUAUCCCUUGGUUAUCAUUUUAAUAACUCUCAUAACCUUUUAUCUUCAUUAUGUAUUGAUAUUACAAUAAGAAAAUUGAUGUUUAUCACUCUUGGGACUCAGUGUAGGGCUAAAGGAUGCAUUUGCAUCAGGAUGGAUCCCCAGCAUCUUCAUCGGGAGAGAAUUCUCCUUCUAAGACUAAAGCGUAAGAUUUCUCCUUGUCUCUCUCACACACUACAGACUGUACAGGCCUCGUUCCCAGUCGUCCGAGGCGAUUUCGGUCGCGCUCGGUUCCAAGCUUCUUCUGCUCACUCGGAUAGCACGAAAUAGCCUGGGGACGGGGCUGCGACUCUACAAUUUUUCGGGCCAAGACAUGCAGUGUGUUGUACAACGUAAAACAGUUCCUGGCCAUCUUUCUAAUAGGUCACCACAGCAGUGUUGUCGAUUACCAACAAAAUAAAAUCAAGAGCUAAAAAAUCCGAGGCAUCUGAUGAAAAGAUGGAGGUGGUGAGUUUUUCUCUUUUCUGUGCCUUGUUAUUUGUGGUUUUAUUGCUGGACUGUCUUUCACUGAAGUAUGAGAAGUAACUUUGAGCCUAUAUUUUUGUAUUACUAUGCUUCCUAAUUCAUUUAGGAAGCAUAGCAUUUAGGAAUGAUUUAUCCAUUCGGCCAGUUUACACAUUUUCUUAGUGCAGGUUUCGAUCGCUUGCUUGUUGAAGGUAGAGUUAUCUUCAGGCUUAGAUAAGGUCCGUUGAGGUAAACUUGCACAUUUUGUAAACUACUGUCUUACUAUCAGUUAACUUCGUCUAUGGUUAGGGUUAAACAUCGCGUUCAUCAUUUACAACUACUCAUUUCAGUGAUAAAAGCAGGACAGUCGUCCCGAAAAGAGUUUAUCACUCCUCUGGCCUUAAAUCAGCGUUCGAGGAAACUUUUACCUUCAAAACACCGAUCGUAUCACUGACCAUCUAUUCGUAUCUAUUUUUGCCCCCUCUCGAUUAUCCCCCUCCAAUCUAUAUUUAGCAGACAACACAAUAGCUAGCCAAUAAUGUUUCGAUGUAGCGCUGAUGAGUCAUAGAAAACGGAUGACUAGGACAGCAUCACAAGACGCAUUACAAACCGUGUACUCUCUUGGGAGAGAAGUAUUCAUAUUUUACCAUCUUAUUUUUAUGCUUGUUGUUUUUCACAGGAUCAAGAAGGCAGCAAAGAAAAAGCAGCAACCAAGAAGGUCAGUUAAAAUAAAGUUGAAGUUUAACGUUAAUUGCUGUCUUUUUUCAAGCAGUAAAUAGAAACUGGCAUCUCUUGAAUAUGCCCAUACUCUGACUCGAAAGCGGAAAAGAAUCAAAUGGGAAAUCGCGUGUGUGAUGGAGAGUUCAUUAAAUGAGAUAUUUUUUAAAAGUAUAGACUCAACUAAAAAAAAGCAUUGAGGAGGUUUUUUGUGUCGUCUAAGGCAAGGCCUUAAAUAAGAGACACGACCAUGCAGGUUGCAAUCACAGACUCUAACCUUUGAAGGUAAUACCCUUAUUUAGUAAUGAUAUCAAAAUACUGCCAGGAUAGUGUUUUUGAUACUCUGAAUGGUUAGAUGAAACUUGAAAUAGUUAAUGCGGGUCAUUUUUACCUUGUGCUAUAAUUAUCGUGAAAUGUUUUCGAAUUCUGCAUCUGCAAAAAUGCGUCAAAUAUUAUGCUUUGUGAUAUCGUUGCCGUCUCCUUUACGAUGGCCCCUUCUUCCUAAUAUUAUGAUUGCUGAAUGUAACAUGAAAGACAAUUUUUAAUGUUUCGUAGGAAAAAGAAGAUGAAAAAGACAAGACGGGCGAAGAAUCGACUGUUGAAAAGAGCGAAAAAGAAAGCAGCGAAAAAAUGGAGGAAGAGGAACCCGACUUUGAAUUGUUGGAGAAUCCCGCUCGAGUACUCCCUGCACAGGUGCAUUGUGAUUUUACAAAAUUUGCCGAGAAACAAAAGCUGCCUCAACACGAGCAAGUUUAACUUGUUUUCGUUGUUCGUGUGAAUACGGCCUAAAGCGAGAGGGAAUUUUGUUUUAUUACAUAGAUACUGAUGAAAUACCAGGAUUUUUCCUUUUACUAAAAAAUCAUAUCUUCAUCGCGCACAGUGAAGAUACUAUUUUUUAUCUUUCACGUAUGAGGAUAUUGGUGUCGCCAUGGUUACCAACAUGAUAAGCCAGUUAUUGUCUUUAUUUCUCCUUUAUAACUAUAUAUCCGAGUUUCAUAACAUUUUUGUGACAGGCAUUUUGUGGUAGGUGACCACUUUAAUUGCACCAUUUUGCUGUUUCAAAAUGAAUUUAAAAAAGUUGUGUUUUAUGUAGGAAUUUUAUCAGUGUCUAUAAAGUAAACAGAACAUUGCAUGGCCGCUUGGGGAUACGAAUUUUAUCUUCUCGUGCUGAAAGUAUCGCUCACGAGUGAGCGAAGCGAACGAGUGAGAGAGACUUUUAGCACGAGAAGAUAAAAUUCGUAUCCCCAAGCGGCCGUAUAAUAUCCUCUAUUUCUGUCAUCUUUCGCCACAGUCAAGUUAGCUUUGUUGCUUUCCGCGGCUCUUUCCACGUUUGCCUUGCUGAUUCCUCAGUCCCGUAUUUAAAGUGAUUGUUACCUGUUAAAUGUUUCCCUGCGUUUGUUACUUUCCGUAUGUUAUCGCGCGUUUACUGCCUGUUGUAUCUCUUUUCCUGCAUUAGGCGCUGGUUUUACUUAAAUCCGCGGCUGCUGUUGUCUUGUGAUGUGUAAUGUUUAGCACUAGUAACCACUCUAUAGUUUCGGCUUGGAAAGUCCUCUGUAUUCAAAACUGUUAUAGUAACAUAUCUUCUAAAAUGCUUACUAGUACUUUCUUUUGCAGCUUAAAGUUCUUUCGUUACCAGAAGACAGCCGUUACAUGCCUCUCAAGCCUGUAUGUACCCCAUUCAUUUGUGAGACCUGUUUUAAACGUCGAACUUCCAAUGUGCUGAUUCUAAUGCUAACGAGCCAAAUCUAUCGUUCUCGCUCAUUUGCUGUCGAUUCGGCGCAUGUGAAGUUCGAUGUCUAAAACAGACCCAAUAUUCUGUCUCAGUUAUUUUCGCUAUAAAUUUCCUACAGCUGUAAUUUUAAUUUUGAUUAGCCUUCUUGUCGUGAAAUUUUGAACGAGCGGCUCCUUCAUGAACCGGCAUAUUUUCUUAUCGCCUCCGUGUCACGUAUUUUCGUCUCACCAGCUCCAAAGUAAGUGAGGGGGGGGGGUAGGUGGGCAGAUUCCCGGAAUCUCAUAGAGAUUCAUUUACCAAGAGAAAUAUGGAGUGAGACAAAGGAUGUUGUUGACCUGAACUUACAGGCCAACGGGGCGGCUAAAAAUUGUUGAAAAGUUGUUCUCACUUUGGCCAAUGAUGUACUAUUUAACGAUCUUCAUGGCGCCGAAUUUGUGUGGGCGUCAGAGUAGAUUUAUCAGUUGCCCCUUCACGUGAUUAUCUUUUAUUAAACUGUUUGCAGGUUAAGAUAGGAGGUAUUAUUAUGAUGACGGAUUCCAAAUCCGAUGAACCAGAAGACUUAAUUGAACCUCUUCCAGGUAAAGAAUAUAACCAAUAA